AGACGUGCGGGGAGAAACGCGGCUGCGGUGCUGAUGAGACGGAGAGACGGAGGACAGAGAGAGAAGGAGAGACGGGAGGAGCGGGCAGCACAUCAGCCGUUGAUUCUGAAAAUCGUCUGUUCCUGAAGACCAGCUCUGCUCAUGUGCGUCAUGUGUGACUGUGAAGAUUUGUGAGGGAAGCACAUCAGAAACUCUUCUUCCAUCGACGCCGUGAAGCAUCAUGGGAGGCGUGGCGCUGGACGAGGGCGGAGGCGGGGCCAAGGCUCCGGACGGAGGAUGGGGCUGGGCCGUGCUGACUGGAUGUUUCGUCAUCACCGGCUUCUCCUACGCUUUCCCCAAAGCAGUUAGUGUGUUUUUCAAGGAGCUGAUCAGGGAGUUCGACGUUGGAUACAGCGACACGGCCUGGAUCUCCUCCAUCCUGCUGGCCAUGCUGUACGGAACAGGUCCUCUGUGCAGCAUCCUGGUGAACCGGUUCGGCUGCCGCCCGGUCAUGAUGGUGGGGGGCCUCUUUGCAUCGUUGGGGAUGAUCCUGGCCGCCUUCUCCACCUCCAUCGUCCACAUCUACCUCACCGCCGGAGUCAUUACAGGUCUGGGGUUGGCCCUGAACUUCCAGCCGUCCCUGAUCAUGCUCAACCGUUACUUCGAUAAGAAGCGUCCCCUGGCCAACGGGCUGUCGGCGGCCGGCAGCCCCGUGGCUCUGUGCUGCCUCUCGCCGCUGGGCCAGGUCCUGCAGUACAAGUACGGCUGGAGGGGGGGCUUCCUCAUCCUCGGGGGUCUCCUCCUGAACUGCUGUGUGUGUGGGGCCCUCAUGAGGCCUCUGGUGGAUCCCAAGGCCGUCAAGGCCAAGGACCUGGAGCAGAGCAACGGCAACGGCCCCGUGGAGGGAGGGAAGAAGAAGAAGAAGCUCCUGGACUUCUCCGUGUUCAGAGACAGGGGCUUUGUCAUCUACACGGUGGCGGCCUCCAUCAUGGUCCUGGGGCUGUUCGUACCCCCCGUGUUUGUGGUGAGCUACGCUAAAGAGCUGGGGAACGAGGACACCAAAUCCGCCCUGCUGCUCACCAUCCUGGGGUUCAUCGACAUCUUUGCCCGGCCUGCGUGUGGCGUGAUCGCCGGGCUGAAGUGGGUCCGCCCUCGCUGCGUCUACCUCUUCAGCUUCGCCAUGAUCUUCAACGGGACCACGGACCUGAUUGGCUCGCAGGCCAAGGACUACUCCUCUCUCGUGGUCUUCUGCAUCUUCUUCGGCAUCUCCUAUGGGAUGGUGGGUGCGCUGCAGUUUGAGGUCCUGAUGGCCAUCGUUGGCACGGAGAAGUUCCCCAGCGCCAUCGGCCUGGUCCUGCUCAUGGAGGCCAUGGCGGUGCUGGUGGGACCGCCGGGGGCAGGCCGGCUGCUUGAUGCCACCAGGAACUACAUGUACGUCUUCCUGCUGGCAGGAAGUGAGGUGGUGAUCGCAGCGGUGGUGCUGGCAACGUGUAACUUCCUGUUUAUCAAAAAGAAGCCCUCCGUGCCCGAAGACAAGCUGGAGAGCAUUGCAUUUACAGAGGAUUCGGGAAGAAAAGAGCUGGGCCAGAGCGCAGAGGAGACGGACGACGAGGGAGUGAGAGAGAAGCAGGAGGAGGAGACGAUAAAAGAGGAGCCCCGACCAAAGAGUGUGACGGUGGACUCCGAGGUGGUGGAGAGGUUCCUGAAGGAGCCGCAGCAGAACGGGAGCGUAGACGCCAGCGCUGAAACACGCCUGUAACCACGGGCAGCGCCUUUCCCUUAAUUCAGUGUGCAUUCCAGGUGUUCAUGUGUGUCGUCGUGGGGAGGUGAUGGAUGCUACUGCCGCAAGGAGCAUUCAGAGCCACGCCAGCAAUAUGGUGUCACUAGCUGCUUUAAAGUGUGUUUAUUAGUAGAUAGGAUAAGACCUCAUUUCCAGCACUGCCAAACUGGGGCCGCAGGGCCACCAGCACAUACAUUUCAAGGAUGAUUUUGACAAUAAUCUGUUUUUCUAGUGUCAACAAAUCAUUUGAAAACACAAUUUUCACGUAGAGAUAUAGCUUUUAAUCAGGUGUGGUGCAAUAAGUGGAUUAACAUCACUUAUUGACAAUGAGAUAAGAUGAAUAAAAAAGUAUCAAAACUGGGUUUUUCCCCCGGGGGGAGGUGGCUGCAGUCGUUUCUGUGCCGAGUGUGGAGGCGAGUCGGACACAUGGAGCCAUGAGGGGGCGCCAGAGCUCAGCCAGAGAUGCAGAGAUGCAGAGAUGCAGAGCUGCAGAGCUGCAGAGCUGCAGAGCUGCAGAGAUGCAGAGAUGCAGAGAUGCAGAGAUGCAGAGCUGCAGAGCUGCAGAGCUGCAGAGCUGCAGAGAUGCAGAGAUGCAGAGAUGCAGAGCUGCAGAGCUGCAGAGCUGCAGAGCUGCAGAGAUGCAGAGAUGCAGAGAUGCAGAGAUGCAGAGCUGCAGCCAGAGAUGCAGAGAUGCAGAGAUGCAGAGCUGUAGCCAGAGCUGCAGAGAUGCAGAGAUGCAGAGAUGCAGCCAGAGCUGCAGGGAUGCAGAGAUGCAGAGAUGCAGAGAUGCAGAGAUGCAGCGAUGCAGAGAUGCAGAGCUGCAGAGAUGCAGAGAUGCAGAGCUGCAGAGAUGCAGCCAGAGCUGCAAAGCUGCAGAGCUGCAGAGAUGCAGAGAUGCAGCCAGAGAUGCAGAGCUGCAGAGAUGCAGCCAGAGAUGCAGCCAGAGCUGCAGAGAUGCAGCCAGAGCUGCAGCUGAGAGUAUUCAUUUUCAAUUGCAGCCAAAAUGAAAACGUUUUCAUGUUUAUUCUCACAAACAUGUUUUUGUCUUUUUUUUUCCUGGAAACUUCCAGGAAGCUAGCUUCCUGGAAGUUUCUAAAGUCACAGUUUCUUUGUUUUCUCUGGUGUAAAUCUGGUAAUUUAUGAGGUGAUAUUAUUAUCAUCAUUUUAGUUUUUUCUUUUAAUUUUACAGUUUCGAAAAUCAGAAAUUCCGUUGUUUUGUUUUUCCUGUAAUUUAUCCUCGUCUCCACUUUAAUUGUGUCAUUUUAUUUAGUGCAAGUACUCCAACAUGCUGUAUUAUUGGUGGGUCACGGUUGUUAUUAUUUAGCUCAGCAGGCUUCACGCUUGCUAGCCAGCUUUGUUUCUACCUCAACUUGAAUUUGAACUCUCACCUGUUUUCUUUUUCUUGAAGUGUUACACAUCAAUGCAUCACCACGAAUCAUCUUUAGGGGUAUGAACUUUAAUCUCAGAUUAGACUUUUAUACCCCCCCUCCCAGACCACCAGCAGCAAACGUGUGACUGUAUCAGUAGCUGGGACUCAUUGUGGGUUUGUUAAAUACAGAAGAACACGUGUCAGCCUCGUCCUCCAGGAAGCUGCGUUCACUUAGUCGUUGUAGAGCGUUGGGAGAAGCUUUCGUGUCUGUCACAAGAGCUAUUUUAGAUUUAGAUUGUUAGUCAGUGUUGCAGCUGCUUGAAAAGUUGUCGCUGGCCUCGUCGUAACUGUGACUCCCUCCUGGAUCGGUGGCGGGCCUGUUUCCUCCGCCUGUGUGCGUCUACGUGUGCGAGUGUGGGUACCUGUUGUUGUGAAGCUUGUUUCUGUUUUUGUGAUCUGUGAUCAUCCUCAAAAGUGACGUGUAAAUGUCAGGAGGAGGAGAAAUGAAGGACGCUCCCGGACGGGGUCUCCAGAUCCAGGUGGAUCUCAAGGAGCCGUCAGAUAACCUGCCGUUGUGCUUUUCCCACAACUCAUAUUGGAUAAAUGUUUGUAUUUUCAGUACUGUUUGUGAGUGCUUCUUAAAUACAAUAUUAAAGGAGUUUUAUCUUUUACAA